CGGGUCGGACCCUGAGCCGCCGAGGCAUGUGGGCGCUCGCAGGACGAGCUCUCCCGCCGUGGGCCGUCGGGGCCGCGCGCCUGCGGCCUCCCUGCGCCCGGCACGCGGCUGCCUUGGAGCCCCGGAUCAUCACGUGCAGGCCCUUCCGCGCGGCCGAGCUCAAGGAGAAACCUGACAUGUCUAGAUUCCCUGUUGAAGAUAUUAGAAAUUUCAGUAUCAUUGCACAUGUGGAUCAUGGCAAAAGUACUUUAGCUGACAGGCUCCUGGAGCUAACAGGAACAAUUGAUAAGACGAAGAAAAAUAAGCAGGUUCUUGAUAAAUUACAAGUGGAGCGAGAAAGAGGAAUCACCGUGAAGGCGCAGACAGCAUCUCUGUUCUACAGCUUUGCAGGGAAGCAGUACCUUUUAAAUCUCAUCGACACACCAGGCCAUGUUGAUUUUAGCUAUGAAGUAUCCAGGUCACUUUCUGCUUGCCAAGGUGUUUUAUUGGUGGUUGAUGCAAAUGAGGGUAUUCAAGCUCAAACUGUAGCAAACUUCUUUCUUGCCUUUGAAGCACAGUUGUCAGUAAUUCCAGUUAUAAACAAGAUAGAUCUGAAGAACGCUGACCCUGAAAGGGUUGAAAAGCAGAUUGAAAAAGUGUUUGACAUUCCUAGAGAUGAAUGCAUCAAGAUUUCUGCAAAACUUGGGACAAACGUUGAAAGUGUGCUUCAGGCAGUAAUUGAAAGAAUUCCUCCUCCAAAAGUCCAUCGUGAAAACCCACUGAGAGCAUUGGUAUUUGAUUCCACCUUCGACCAGUAUAGAGGUGUGAUAGCCAACGUAGCAUUGUUUGGUGGAGUGGUUUCCAAGGGAGAUAAAAUUGUAUCUGCACACACUAAAAAAACAUACGAAGUUAAUGAAGUAGGCAUUUUGAAUCCUAAUGAACAGCCAACUCAUAAACUAUAUGCGGGACAGGUGGGCUUUCUGAUUGCUGGGAUGAAAGAUGUCACUGAAGCACAAAUAGGAGAUACAUUAUUUUUACAUAACCAUCCAGUGGAGCCCUUGCCUGGGUUUAAAUCAGCGAAACCAAUGGUAUUUGCAGGAGUGUACCCUAUAGACCAGUCUGAAUAUAAUAACCUAAAGAGUGCUAUAGAAAAACUGACCUUAAAUGACUCCAGUGUGACAGUACAUCGGGACAGCAGUCUGGCCCUGGGUGCUGGCUGGAGGUUGGGAUUUCUUGGACUUUUGCACAUGGAAGUUUUCAACCAGAGACUAGAGCAAGAAUAUAACGCUUCUGUUAUUUUGACGACCCCUACUGUUCCAUACAGAGCUGUUCUUUCAUCUGCAAAAUUAAUAAAGGAAUAUAAAGAAAAAGAAAUCACAAUCAUCAACCCUGCACAAUUUCCUGAUAAGUCAAAAGUAACAGAAUAUUUGGAACCAGUUGUUUUGGGCACUGUUAUUACACCGACUGAGUACACCAGCAAAAUAAUGACGCUUUGCCAGGCACGAAGAGCAAUUCAGAAAGAUAUGGUUUUUAUUGAUGAAAAUAGAGUCAUGCUUAAAUACCUCCUCCCUUUGAAUGAAAUUGUGGUGGAUUUUUAUGACUCUCUGAAGUCUCUGUCUUCUGGGUAUGCAAGUUUUGAUUAUGAAGAUGCAGGUUACCAGACUGCAGACCUAAUAAAAAUGGACAUUCUACUGAAUGGAAACGUGGUGGAAGAGCUGGUUACUGUGGUCCAUGUAGAGAAAGCAUACACUGUUGGCAAAAACAUAUGUGAACGUCUAAAGGAUUCUCUUCCCAGACAGCUAUUUGAAAUAGCAAUUCAAGCUGCUAUUGGAAGCAAAGUAAUCGCAAGAGAAACUGUGAAAGCCUAUAGAAAAAAUGUUUUGGCAAAAUGUUAUGGUGGUGACAUUACCCGAAAAAUGAAACUUUUGAAGAGACAAGCAGAAGGGAAGAAAAAGCUGAGGAAGGUUGGCAACAUUGAAAUUCCAAAAGACGCUUUUAUAAAAGUUCUGCAAGCCCAGCCUAAUAAAUAAUUCAUGGAAAGCAGGGUCUCUAUCUUUUUCUUUCUACUUACGUUGACAACAGAAUGAAAACUAUGAAAUGCCUAUUAU